AUGUCCGGUUCUCCUCCACCGGAACCCCCUGCUGAACCUGCCCAGAUUGCUGGUCGACGAAGGAAGCGGUCUCGAUCUCACACUCCUCCAACAACGACAGUCACGACGACGGCAGCCGUCGCUUCGCCUAUAGCGCCUUUGGACGCCACCGUGCCCCGACCAAGUGCGAUAUCAAGAGGAGGGGAGAUUGUUACCGAACUUGCGGUGCAGCCUGGGCCGUAUGCGCUGAACUAUCCGCUCCCUCCAGUUCCAUACCAGUCUGCAUCGAGCUUCGCCUCAACGUCCAUCAGCGGUCCCCCGACUCGUUCGGGGCUGAGCCCUGUUUCACCACGCACGGCUCGGAAGCCCAAGGCGCACGUCGCAUCAGCCUGCGAAUCCUGCGUAGAUGUCGAGCACAAGAAGAGGGGGCGUCCCCCCUUGAAACCAGAUGACGCUUCUACAAGACGGCCCUUUGAAGCAGCACUGACUCCCUUGCCCGGGCGGUUAGGCGAACCGCAGAGGAGAUUCGGGGACCCGCCAAUGUACCCCCCGACAGCAGGAUAUCCGCCGCUCAGGCCUUAUGCUGCACCUACUUCUCGACUCGGACAGCCAAGAUCGUCAGUCUUGACCUUACACGCUCCGCCAUCGAUAUCACCGAGCCUAGCAAUGGCAGAAGGGACAUUUGUACCCCCCUCGUCCCGUCAAUAUCACGGAGGUCUUGCUCCUAUGCCAGGGCAAGCAUCACCGUCCUACAACCCUGCUCAACCAGAGUCCACCUUCCGAUCGAUGAGUUACGGCGCUGGUUACAACUACCCAUCCCAGCCAGGACAGGUGGGACCUCCUGGGUAUUACGCUCCCAGCCCUAUCUUCCCGCGUCCUCCGUCAUCCUUGUCUUCUGAACAGCUGCCGCCCUUGAGCACAUCAUCCAGUCUCCAGUUGCCACCGAUUUUGCCAGCACUUUCCGGCCCGAUCGACCCGGCAAUUGUGCAGCAGCUUCCUCCGCAGACGCUACCGUCUCCCCGAGGACAGCAGGGAAGCAGAGGUGAAGGGACCCAAGAGCCAGAUCCGAAAAGACCGAAGAUGGACAUACAGGGCAUCCUAGGUCCUCGAAACGAAUAA